AUGCAAGGCUGCGGAGUUACCUACGAGUUGGAUGAGUUGUUCAAGCCGGAGACACCUAAACUCUACAAUGCGGAAGGACAGGAAAUCGGGUGCAAGAUCAAUUUGCAGGCCGCACGCAAAGCGGCGUUCUACUGCCCAACACCGUACGCCAUGGACCCACCCGGUUGCUUUAAUCAAUUUUACGUGGACGGUGAAUUGAAUGACCUUAGCGAAAUAAGCAAGUCGUUGGUACCAUCUCGCACUAAUCACUUUGUCACACUGAAGUUAAAUGGCAACCGUGUAGGACCCGGGGAGGAGCUGCGCCAGUCUCCGCCACUUGAAUGCCCAUGCAUCACUAUCAAGGGUGUCGUCCUGUCUACCAUCCAGAUCUAG